AAAAUACUCGAGGGUGUAUAUGCAAAGAGUUGCAUACCGCAGAAUCGCAGAUCCACAGCUCGAACUGACCAGGAAGAUGGCGGCGGCGGGCGGAGGGGUCUCCGGCGACAUCCCGAUCUUCCACGCGGAGAACCUCAUCAGUAACGUCAAAUCCAUCAACUACAGCCGGACAUUCUUGUCUAUCAUUAGUGGAGUUGUUGCUGGAAUCUGGGGGUUUACAGGCUUGAUGGGAUUUGUGUUAUACUUUCUUGUGAUGAUGGUUGCAUCUCUCGGGCUUUUGGUGAAGGCCAAAUUUUCGGUUCAUACCUACUUUGACAGUUGGAAAAGGAUUAUGAUUGAAGGAGUCCUUGGGGGCCUUAUGUCCUUUGUGCUGUUUUGGACAUUUGCCUAUGAUAUUGUCCACAUCUUCUGAUGGAUGAAGCAAAGAUCUCUUGGAAGGACUGAGGAACCGUGGAGUCCCCUUACGAGACUAAAUUGAUGUGUAGUUGCACCAACUCUGGGGACUAUGCUCUUUCUUGUUCAUUUCUGUUGUACCAGUUGCGAGAUUAAAAACUCUGGUUCAUAGACUGAUGUAGCAAUUGUUGUACAAAAUGUGAUAAUAAGAGCAUGGACACAAUCCCACAUAUAAAAAUAAAAUAGCUUGACAGCUCAUAUUUAACGAA